UAUAACAAGCAUUCAAGGAAACAGGAGGAGGACAACCUCAAACAAGGUUUUAAUCUACCUUCUCCAGUGGCAUCCACUAAUACUACAUUGCCACAACCAAGAGAGCGUCCAGAGUCCCUUAACACAGGUGUAAACCAAGAGAAACAUACGUUCAACACAGCAGGCCAAGCAUCUUUAAGAAAGGUAACCAAGCCUUCAGUAUUACCCAAAUUACCUCAGUUGCCUUCAGCAAAUGUGAUGGUCCUGAGCCCAUCCAGGCCUGUAACUGCAACCCUUGUUGCAAUUGCAGUACCUGCAGAACCAAUUCCUGCAAGCACCCGAAGUUACAGGAAGAGAAAAGAGGAGUGCCACUAA